AUGGCACUGAAAAAUACGUGGUAUCACCGGCGCGUUGCAGAUAGUGCUGCAAAAGCGUGCUGGAUCUGCUAUAAGCCUUCGACGAGUGUCCUCAUCACCCCAGACAAUAAGGACUUUUUCUAUACCUGUGCUGGGCAUCUGAAGGAUAGGAAUUUUGCUGUUCCAGAUCCAGAUGAAGCUGCAGCAGCUGAGAAACGUAAGAAAGAUGAUGAUAUGCAGAAGGAGAUCGAUGCCGUGAAAAAGGAGUAUGCCGAGAAAAUGAAGAAGAGGAUGGAAAAGAAGGAAGCCAAGAAGAAGGAGAAGGACAAAAGUGACGAAAAGAAGAAGGAAGAAGAACAGAAGGGUGAGGAGGAAGAGAGCGCCUUGGAGAAAGAGAAGAAUGACAAGAUCGAUGCCCUAUCCAAGAAGGAGACAGCGGGAGACGACGGGCCACGAAUCUAUUCACUACAUAAAAAUUUCUAUCAACAGAGACUCGAUCGAAUCCGCAACGCUGAGCUAGCAAAGAGAAACCGGGAGCGACUGAAGGAUCCAUCAACCUUCCCAGCCGUGCCUUCGAACCUUCCCUGA